AUGAAACGUCUACUACUGCUUGUUCAGAUUAUAUUCGCUCUAUGUAUUGCUCACGAAACACCUUCUUCUGAAGUUUGCAAGGUAUCGAAAUUUCCUCAACAUUAACAUAAACGUUGCACACGGUUCUGCUAUAAAGCCUUUAAUCUUACUAUUCUGGAGAAGUGCUAAGUGACCAUUUAAAGCUUUCGAAGUUUGAGUGGCUAGUAUUUUAGUCGAACUAGUGGCCAAGAUGUAGUGGUCUCAGGUCUAUUUAGUAGAAAAAAAAAACACUGAAAGCUACUACAGUGGCCACUGAGACGCAAAUUUUUGGCUUCAGUGAAGGAGGUUUUAGUGACCACUUUAGUAGCAUUUAAGGAUUUUUUUAAAGUGGCCACUGCAGCUUUUCCUUGUAUCCUCCUUCCGAUUGAUCUAUGGCGGACCCAUGAGAAAAGUUUGAUGGCGAAUUUUUCGGCUGUUUGCUCUAUUUGAUCUGCUCACUCAACUUUUCUUAUGACAAGGAAUUGAAAAGCGUUUAAAAAAAAGAUUGCAGGACGUCGGCGAAAACGGUUGGUUUCCAGGGAGCGACGAGCUUUUCGACGAAGAUUGUCGAACUGGAGUUCCGCCUCAACUCUGCAACACCGAUGCGCUCAAGUGCGGCCACGGAAAAUGCUGCGUCUGUAAGUUUGGCGAUCCAAGGCAUUUGCCCACCGGGCCGCUUCCAGAUCAUUCUGUCUGCGGACGCGGGUCUGCGUUGCUCGGAGAAUCGCCGCAGAUGUGCCGCAAAGCGACCGAUUGUCUCGCCUACGGGAUAAGCUCCACGAUAAGCGCCAAAUGCGUGCAGGUUUCCACGGAAUGGCUCUUUCUCAUGCCUGACUUACUAGAGUAGCUUUUAAAAAUUAAAAGAAACCUGAAAAAAAUCCCCCAUCAAAGUAGUCAAGUGAAAGAAGAAGAGUCUUUUGGUAUCCGUAUGCGAUGAAACUGAAAAAUGGUAAUUUGAUAUAUUUAUAUGGUUAGAGUCAUGACCAAUCCUUCCAGACUUGAAAAACGAGAUAAGUAGAUUUUGGCAAUGGUUAAGCGUUGCGUACGCGACGCGGUUUUUUGACGGAAGCUCCAAAUCAAACGCUAGCUACUUUUUUUUUCUCUUUUCGUGACAGUUUUUGUAUGAACUGUAGUUUUAUAGGUUUGAAAAAAAUUCAGUUGAACGAAUAAAAAGUUUAAAAAAAUAAUAAGGAAAUUGUUUUUCUAUAUUUUUUUCUGGCAAAAAGCCGCGUCACGGAGUCGGGAAAAAAAGUCCCAAAACUUUGAGUAUAAAUCGACAAACAAAAAAAUAAAAAGGCAAAAACCAAUAUUUAAAUAUUUUCGCGCUCAUAAAUCGGAAGACUUUUUGGCACAUUUUUUAAAAGGUAUCGAUGUUUUAACCACUCACCAAAAGGCUUUUUGACCGUUCGGAAAUUUUCAAAUCAGACUGAUUUUACCGGAAAAGAAAAUAUUGAGAGUCGCACCAGCCUAAAUCUUUUUUUGCAGGGUGUCUGCUGCCGUAGAAAGAUCGUUAAGCGGAGAUUUGAUCCAACUGGUAGAUGAUUUCGGAAAGAUUUCUGAUUUUCCAUUUUAGUGUGCCCAAAGGAUAAAAGCCCGGAUCUAUGCGACUGCUAUAAAAAGAAGUGCAGAUGCGAUGGGAAGCGCAAAUGCUACCAGUAUGAGAAAGGCAAAGAUAAAAUCUGCUGUAGUCAGUUAUUUCCAAAUAUGAAAAAAAUAAUAAAAGUGACCUUUUUUUCAACUGAUUUUUUUCAUUAAUUAAAAAGUAUUGCUCCUAGGUUUUUACGCUAAAAAGUUCAAAAAACUUACCUUUUUGCAAUUCAGAAAGUUUUCACCCAUCUCAAGAACACCAAAGUGGUCCCUUUUGGAGCAACUUUAAGGGCUCUUGGAAGUUCCCUUCAGGGACCACUUAGGUGCUUUCCGUUCCCAUGAGGUCCACUAAAGCUUGCCAGAGAGUACCCUAUAGGCGACAUGCUCAUGAAGUUUAUGAAUAACUGAGCGAUUUUGAAUGAAACACAUCCGCAAAGAUCUAUUGAUGAAGUUUGACCUUUUAAUUUUCAAAUCUGAACAGAAAGAAAGUUAACUUGAGCUUUAGGAGCUUUGGGGUCACACCCUAAACUCAUAUAGGGGCCCUUUUAGGGACCAUCUGAUUUCCCUAAUAUAGAGGCCCCUAAAACAAAAAUCUCUUAUAAGGACCCCUAAAAAAUUGCUCAAAGGCCACCUAUACCACUCUGGCUUUUCCAAGAACUUCUAUGCUUAACUACGCCUUCAUAGAAUGUAAUACUUGAAAAGAUAUCAAUCAACUCGGACAUUGGUAACGCGAACUGGACGCAAAUCGGACUUGUCGGGGUAUUUCUAGUGAACACUUCAGUAGCGUCAGCCCUCUUAAGUAAUCCCUAGAUUUGCUUAGAAACGUCCGGCUAUCGUUACCAAGGUCCGAUGAAAAAAUUAGUUAAAAUAAAUCUGUAUUUCCCUUUGUAGCAUAAAAACUACCGUUUCCAGCCUAUUGGAUUCUAUUUCUGUUUCCUCCCUAAAAUUUAUGAAAUAUGCCAAUAUCAGUGAAUGUUGUAGCCGACAUCUUUUGUAAAACUGGACUGCUGUCGGGAUACGAUCAUCGUAACGGAGCAGUUUUCUUGCAUGACCAACGUAAGAAGCGGACGGCUUACAUGGAAGGACAUCUUCUUUGCAGUGAAUUUUUUACUAGUUUUUCUGAGUGAGAGAACCUUUCCGCUUUCACUACGGCAUUAUAUUCUCACUCUCCCCUUUUUGCAGGUAUCCCACUGUCUAAUGAAUUGAGGAACUUCAUCCGACCAAAAUGGGCUUAUUUUGCUGCCAGGAAGAGGUACCAGGCUCGAGGUUUCAACGCGGCCGAUCCCUCACUGUUGCCCACAUGUUCGUCGAACAAAGAAUGCCUUGGCGGUUAUUGCGAUGUUGUUUUCUCCCUCAGGCGUGAUGAAUCGAGAAAAGCGUGCUUUAACAGUGAGUUUCUUUCCUAA